CGCCUCCCAUGACAGCUCCCGCUCGAAGAUGGCUGCGAAGGGCGCGCACGGCACCCACCUGAAGGUGGAGAGCGAGGUGGAGCGCUGCCGCGCCGAGGGCCAGUGGGACCGCGUGUUCGAGCUGGUCCGGCAUCUGCAGAUGCUGGGCAUUUCCGGCGGCGGCAGUAGCAACCGGCGAAACAGCCCGAGCGGCAGGUUCACCUUUCUGGACACCGAGGACUUUGGGAAAUUGCUGCUAGCGGAGGCUCUUCUGGAACAGUGUUUGAAGGAUAACCAGGACAAAAUAAAAGAUUCCAUCCCUUUGCUGGAGAAGACCAAUCACAGGCUGAAUGAAGCCAAGGACAACCUGAGCAGCAUCCUUAACAAUGGGAAGCUGCCGCCACAAUACAUGUGUGAGGCCAUGCUGAUCCUGGGCAAGCUGCAUUAUGUGGAGGGCUCAUACCGGGACGCCGUCAGCAUGUAUGCACGGGCUGGGAUCGAUGACAUAGCCAUGGAGAACAAGCCCCUGUAUCAGAUGCGGUUGCUGUCGGAGGCCUUUGUCAUCAAAGGCCUCUCCCUGGAACGCCUGCCCAACUCUGUCGCCUCCCAUAUCCGCCUGACUGAGAGGGAGGAGGAAGUUGUUGCCUGUUUUGAGAGGGCCUCCUGGGUGGCUCAGGUGUUCCUGCAGGAGCUGGAGAAGACCUCAAACAACAGCACAUCAAGACACCUGAAAGGCAGUCUCCCGGCUGACUACGAGCUGUCCUACUUCUUGGAAGCUGCCCUCCAGAGCGCAUAUGUGAAGAACCUGAAGAAGGGGAACAUUGUGAAAGGCAUGAAGGAGCUCCGGGAGAUUCUGAGGGCUGUGGAGACCAAAGCAACGCAGAACUUCAAAGUGGUGGCCGCCAAGCACCUGGCAGGGGUCCUGCUGCACUCCCUGAGUGAGGACUGUUACUGGAGCCCCCUGUCCCACCCUUUGCCUGAGUUCAUGAGCAAGGAGGAGAAUUCCUUCAUCACUCAGACCCUUCGGAAACCUCACCUCUAUGAAGGAGACAACCUCUACUGCCCAAAAGACAACAUAGAGGAGGCCCUCUUGCUGCUGCUCAUCAGUGAGUCCAUGGCAACUCGGGAUGUGGUACUGAGUCGGGCGCCAGAGCAGGCAGAGGACCGGAAAGUGAGCCUGCAGAAUGCUUCAGCCAUUUACGACCUCCUGAGCAUCACACUGGGCCGGCGAGGCCAGUAUGUCAUGCUGUCUGAGUGCCUAGAGCGAGCCAUGAAGUAUGCAUUUGAAGAAUUUCACCUUUGGUACCAAGUGGCCCUCUCCAUGGUGGCUUGUGGGAAGUCAGCCUACGCCGUGUCGCUGCUACGUGAGUGCAUGAAGUUGCAGCCCUCGGACCCCACAGUGCCCCUGAUGGCUGCCAAAGUCUGCAUUGGGUCCCUGCAUUGGCUGGAAGAGGCAGAACACUUUGCCAUGGUGGUAAUUGGCCUUGGAGAGGAAGCGGGAGAGUUCCUACCUAAAGGCUACCUGGCCCUGGGCCUCACCUAUAGCCUGCAGGCUACUGACGCCACCCUGAAGUCCAAGCAAGAUGAACUUCACCGCAAGGCACUGCAGACAUUGGAGAGAGCCCAGGCACUGGCACCCGAUGACCCCCAGAUAAUCUUCUAUGUCUCCCUGCAGCUGGCCCUCGUCCGUCAGAUCUCCAGCGCCAUUGAGCGUCUUCAGGAGUCCCUGACGAUGUGCAGGGAUGAUGCCAAUGCCCUCCACUUGCUAGCACUGCUCUUCUCUGCCCAGAAGCAUUACCAGCACGCCCUGGAUGUCAUCAAUAUGGCCAUCACCGAGCACCCUGAAAAUUUCAACUUGAUGUUCACCAAGGUGAAGCUGGAGCAGGUGCUGAAAGGCCCGGAGGAAGCCCUCGUGACUUGCAGACAAAUGCUGCAGCUGUGGCAGACCCUCUACAGUUUCUCUCAGCUGGGGGGCCUGGAGAAGGAUGGCAGCUUUGAAGGCUUCACAGUGAAGAAACAGAAUGGUAUUCACCUGACUCUGCCAGAUGCCCACGACGCAGACUCUGGCUCUCGGCGGGCGUCAUCUAUUGCAGCCUCGAGGCUGGAGGAAGCCAUGUCGGAACUAACUGUAACAACCUCAGUGCUAAAGCAGGGUCCCAUGCAGCUGUGGACCACACUGGAGCAGAUCUGGCUCCAGGCUGCUGAGCUGUUCAUGGAGCAGAGAGAAUUCAAGGAAGCAGGUUUCUGCAUCCAGGAGGCUGCUGGCCUCUUCCCCACCUCUCACUCAGUGCUCUACAUGCGAGGCCGGCUGGCUGAGGUGAAGGGCAGCUUUGAAGAGGCCAAGCAGCUGUACAAGGAGGCCCUCGCCAUAAACCCGGACGGUGUGCGCAUCAUGCACAGCCUGGGUCUGAUGCUCAGUAAGCUGGGCCACAAGAGCCUGGCCCAGAAGGUGCUGCGGGACGCUGUAGAGAAGCAAAGCACCUACCACGAAGCAUGGCAGGGCCUGGGGGAGGUGCUGCAGGACCAAGGCCAGAGCGAAGCAGCAGUCGACUGCUUCCUCAUAGCCCUGGAGCUGGAGGCCAGCAGCCCUGUGCUUCCCUUCUCCAUCGUCGCCAGAGAGCUGUGAGCCCCUGCGGCAGCUUCCAGGGGCGGCAGACACAGGCAGGGGGCAGGGAAGGACGUGCAUACAGAUGUGGGGCCUCAGGGAAUAGAUAACUAGUGAACACUUUCACAGGCUUCCAGGCCACUUCUCCCCCACACUCCACACCCUGCAGGCCCAGCUGGGCCUGAGCUCCCAACUGAACCUGGGUAGACAAGAUUUGCAUCCAAAGCAAAUGCCUUGCUCCCCAGAGGCUGACUGUUGCUGAGCACCUUUUAGAUAAAAGGUGUGUCUGGGAGCCAAGCCCCUUCCUCUGCUUCCCAGACGCCCCGCAUUUCCUGGUUUGGGAUGAACCAGUCCAGACUUUGUGUACCAUAGAGAUGAACUUGCCUGCCAGCCAUCCUCUGGGUAGCCAGACUUUUCCUGGAUGGCUUUCUUGAUGCCUCGGGAGACAAACUGUCUUGAAUCUAAGCGACUUCGCAGAGCUGUGAGCAGACAUGCUGGAGAACCCCGGAUACAUUUCCCCCAUCCAAUCUCAGGGCAGUGCAAGCUUGAAGCCUUGUCCAGGACAGCCGCAGCUUGAGGUCCCAGACACAAAGAGGACAGUGGGCUCCUGGAUGCUUGCCAGACCAAAUUAUCACUGUUGAUGCCUGGUGUCCCUUUAUGGGGAGGUUUCCUAGGGGUUCACUAUAUGUGCUUUCUGUGUACCACCACGUGCCUUGGGGGAUCGUGUCAGGCCAGGCCCCUAAACACAGUCUGCCCGUCUUCCAUUUUCACUCACUGUCAUCUCCCUGGAGACACGCCCCAGCUGGUAGACUCCUAGGCCCUGUGCCAGUGGCCUCUAGGAUACGCCUUGCAAUACAAAACAGGGUUCUUUUCUAGCACCUUGAGUACAUAGUCCCUCAAGGCUUUCCCUACAGUGCAGGAGCCGCCUGCUUGGGUGAGUUACAUCCAAGUGACUAUUGAUAGGCCUCAGUCCAGGACACCUCAUCACCCACUGCCCAGUUUUCACCUUAGGCUUUGCUGAGUAACCCAAAGCCCCAGCUUGGCUUUUUGUGCUCCCCUGCCUAGGCUCCCACAGAGGCCAUGCUUGGGUAGAGACAGAGGAGGAACCCGACUGCCCCACCUUUCUGUGCCCAUGCGCUCUCUGUCAGGUCCUUGGGCAGAUGUCCCUCCCUGGCUCAUCAGCCAUGCACUCUGGUUUGAAACUUUCCCUCAGGAAGCCAUCUUCCAAGGCCUAGCAGAAAGUUCCUUUCUGUCUUCCCUACUCUCUGGGUGCAGCUCUUUCAGGUUCACGUUGCUCUUGUGUUAGAAUGUGUACGGGGUGGGAGCUGCCCUGAGUUGCCAUGCCAACCACAGCUUCCUUGUGGAGAAAGCUGUUGGAGUCUGGCUCCAUGGUGGACUGAUGUACCCUGCUUAUCCCCUCAUGUCCUCAGAGAGCUGGUGCCUCCUGGCCACAGCCACAGGCCAAAGGGAGGAUAUUCAGUCCUUGGUUGAAGGGUCUCUAUGUGUGUAUGUGUAUAUGUAUAUGUGUAUAUAUAUAUAUAUAUAUAUAUAUAUAUAUAUAUAUAUAUGCUAGAGAUCUAUAUUUUUAUGGAAUUCUGUUAGAGUAAAAAAAGGAAAGGCAGAUACUAUUGGCAUACUUUGGUGGUCAAUCUUGGCAGUGGGAAAGACAGCAAAUACAUUCUGACUAAGCAUUUCCUCUUUGGAGGCGCUGGGAGACAGACCCAGUACCUUACAGCGACUUUGGAAAUUGAAUAAAAGGCCCUUGAAGGGGAAACAGGA